GGUGUUGUUGAAACGUCCAAGCUGAAAGAAAUGAUAUGUAAGAUUUUUUAAAAGAAAGCUUUAGUUACUACAGUUAGCAUUUCGUUCUUCUGUGAUAUACGUCUGAUUCAUAUAAAGCUGGAAGCUUUACGAUGGGUCUGCUAACGAUACUGAAGAAAUUGAAGCAGAAGGAACGGGAGAUGCGGCUCCUGAUGCUUGGUCUAGACAAUGCCGGCAAAACGACUAUUCUAAAAAAGUUCAAUGGGGAGGAUGUAAGCACCAUUUCUCCAACUCUGGGAUUCAACAUAAAAACGCUGGAGCACAGAGGGUUUAAGUUAAACAUCUGGGAUGUGGGCGGUCAGAAGUCUUUGCGAUCAUACUGGAGGAAUUACUUUGAGAGUACAGACGGACUGGUGUGGGUGGUGGACAGCGCAGACAGGCUACGACUGGAAGACUGCAGGAAAGAACUGAAUGCUUUGUUACUGGAGGAGCGUCUCGCCGGAGCCACGCUUCUCGUCUUUGCCAACAAACAGGACCUGCCGGGCGCCCUGUCCAAAGAAGCCAUAAGAGAGGCUUUAGCUCUGGAUGACAUUAAGACUCAUCACUGGUCCAUUAUCGGCUGCAGUGCCAUCACGGGCGAGAACCUCCUCACGGGCGUGGACUGGCUGCUGGAUGACAUCGCCGCUCGGAUCUUCACCGCCGACUGAGUCGACUCGGCACCUGCACGCGCAAAAUCGCACGAUUCCCUCGGACUUCCCAUUAAGGUUACAGGCUGUGGGUGUAACUGAGUUGCUGUAGUUAGUUGGCUUGUGGUGAUGUUUUGACACGUUUGAGAGAGGAGAUGGGAAAUCAGUGCUCAGUCAUGUCUGAGGGGUUUCCCACCCUUUCCAGGCAACCUGCUGAUUCACCAGGACAAUCAAAUGGUUGUCUUCACACGCACAGCGAACCAGCCACCAGAACACAAUUUUUCCCUUUCUGCUGUGUAAGAACAUUUACCAUACGCUGUUGGCUAGACUUUCUGAAACAUGAUGCUCCCAAUGUGGUAAUGGAGUGUUUAUACACCAGUGCCCUGGCAGCAUGUUUAUGCAGGUUUCAUAGCGAAUGAAAUCAUCCAGAGCUACGAAACUCUACCGAAGGCCUUU